AUGGAUUUUGAUAAAUGGUACAAGAGACUACAGAUACUGGAACUUGAAAUUCUGGAAUCGAUAUUGGCAUUUAAAUUACUGGACUGUGCUUGCAUUUCCCAUGUUGAUAGCCUUUUAGUACUAACAAGGGUUCAUUUCUGGGGGAAAGAAUCUCUCCUAGAUCAAAUGGUUGCUGCCCUAAAAAAAUUUCUGGGGAAACAGUCGUUCUCUGCCACUUUCUUAGCAAAUGCGAACAACAAUGUUGUGAAACAAAGGAUUCAAUGGUGGUCGAAUUUUGAGGCCGACCAAAUAUUAGAUGAAGAUUCCAAUACAAAGAUAGGGUUAAUGACAAGAGGCAGAAAAACUUACAUUAAAGCUGAGGUUUCAGAGAAAAUUCAGCGGGCCCUACAGCACCUCAUAAGACCAUCGGGAAUGCAACUUAGACAAGGAGACAUGCUGUAUGAUGACCAUAAACACCUAUUUGAUGUUAAAGAGAACAUUGCUGCCACACUGGUGGAAAGAGUGGCUGGUGAUAUUGAGAAGCUCUUGGACAAGAAGGUGGAAGCUCUGGAGAGACUGGCCAAGGCUGCAGAGCAGUUUCAGAAGGAGCAUCGUUGGCAAGACGAUAUUAAGGGCGGUGAUAGAGAUGACGAAAACUCAGAUGGGGAACAAAUUAAUCCUUUACAGUUAGAGUUUGUGGAUGAUCCAAACUUCAAGGUCAAGGUCAACUAUUCCUACAUGGCAGUGCAGAUCCCAACAGACAUCUACAAGGGCUCAACUGUUAUCCUUAAUGAGCUGAACUGGACAGCAGCACUGGAGGAUGUGUUCAAACGUAACCGAGAAGAGGACCCCUCACUUCUCUGGCAGGUCUUUGGAAGUGCCACAGGUGUGACCAGAUAUUACCCAGCAACUCCAUGGGGCCCUCCCAAUAAGAUUGAUCUGUAUGAUGUGCGACGGAGACCCUGGUAUAUCCAAGGUGCCUCAUCCCCCAAGGACAUGAUGAUUAUAGUUGAUGUAAGCGGCAGUGUCAGUGGCCUUACCCUGAAGCUGAUGAAGACGUCUGUCAUUGAGAUGCUGGACACACUGUCUGAUGAUGAUUACGUUAAUGUUGCUUCGUUCAACGAUGAAGCCAAUCCUGUGGCUUGUUUCAAGCAGCUGGUCCAAGCCAAUGUACGGAACAAGAAGGUUCUAAAAGAUGCCGUGCAGGAGAUGAUUGCCCAGGGAGUCACAGAUUACAAAUCAGGAUUCAAUUAUGCCUUUGAUCAGCUACUCAACACCACCACCAUUCGAGCAAACUGUAAUAAGAUGAUAAUGAUGUUCACAGAUGGAGGAGAGGAUCGAGCACAGGAUGUCUUUGAGAGACACAAUUGGCCCAAUAAGACGGUCCGUGUCUUCACCUUCUCAGUUGGACAGCACAACUAUGAUGUCACACCUCUGCAGUGGAUGGCAUGUGCAAAUAAAGGAUAUUAUUUUGAAAUCCCUUCCAUUGGAGCAAUCCGGAUAAAUACUCAGGAGUAUUUGGAUGUUCUUGGCCGUCCAAUGGUGAUGGCAGGGAAAAAAGCCAAAAAAGUUCAAUGGACCAACGUGUACCAGGAUGCUUUGAGCCUUGAGCUGGUGAUAACAGGGACAAUGCCAGUUUUCAACAUCACCGUGGAGAGUGGCCAGCAGAAUCAACUUAUGCUCGGAGUGAUGGGGAUCGAUGUUGCUCUUGAUGACAUCAAGAAGCUCACCCCUCGCUACAAUUUAGGUGCCAAUGGAUACUUUUUCGCCAUUGACCCAAAUGGAUAUGUCCUGUUGCACCCCAACCUACAGCCAAAGAUUAUAAAUUUCCGGGAGCCAGUGACUCUGGAUUUCCUGGAUGCUGAGCUGGAGGAUGAAAACAAGGAACAGAUCCGGAAAAUCAUGAUUGAUAAGAAGAGUGGGAAAAGUGCCUUCAUAACUCUACUCAAAUCCCUGGAUGAGAGAUAUAUUGAUGAAGUAGCUAGGACGUACACAUGGACCCCAGUGCAAAGUGCUGAUUACAGCCUGGCCCUGGUGUUACCACCGUACAGCAAAUAUUAUAUCCAAGCAAAGUUGGAUGACCAAAUCCUUCAAGCUCAGUAUUUUGAAUCCUUGUUACCCAGCUCCUUUGAGACCGUGGGACAUGUAUUCAUUGCUCCCAGGGAAUACUGCAAGGAUCUUGUCAAGUCAGACAACAACACAGAGUUGUUAUUCAAUUUUAUCAAUCUGAUGGAUAAGAACACUCCUGACUACAAGAACUGUGAUUCAGAUCUAAUCUAUAAUUUGAUCCUGGAUUCCGGGAUCACUGCCAAAUUAGUGGAGAAAGUCUGGAGGAAUCACGACUUGCACACGCUGGGUCUGCUUGCAGUUUUUGUGGCCACCGAUGGAGGUAUCACAAGAGUUUUUCCAGCCAAGGCAGCAGAAGAGUGGAAUGAAGUCCCAGAGCCUUUCAGUGCAAGUUACUACAGGAGGAGCCUGGACAACACUGGUUUCCUCUUCCAUGCACCGUACAGGGAACCAAAUAGCAUGGUUGACACAGAUCUGAUGAACAACAGCAUUGGGAUUCUGGUGAGUGCUGCUGUGGACCUUCGCAUCUAUGGGAAGUCCCUGAAACCUGCAGUGGUUGGAGUGAAGUUGGACUAUGAAGCGUGGGUGUCAAAGUUUAAAAUUCUAGCCAGUAACCAGACGAACCGAGAUCAGAUGGAACCACGCAAGUGCAUGCCAUCUUCGGACUGUGAGAUGGACUGUGACGUUAACAGUGAGGACCUGUUGUGCGUGUUAAUUGAUGAUGGUGGUUUCCUAAUCAUGUCCAACCAGCCUGAACACUGGAGCCAGAUUGGUAUGUUCUUCAGUGAGGUAGACCCCAGCUUGAUGAAUGCACUCUACAAUGCUUCAUUCUACACAAGAAAGGAAUCCUAUGACUAUCAGUCUGUGUGUGGACCACCACCUAAUACUGACACAGGAGCUGCACCCAGAUCCAUUUUUAUUCCUACAGUUGCUGAUUUGCUGAACCUGGCAUGGUGGAGCUCAGCUGCUGCCUGGUCUUUAUUGCAACAGUUGUUGUAUGCCCUUACCUUACAACUCAGCUUCCAAGCAGAUGAUACAUUUGCAGAUGGUGUUGAACUGAAAGAGACGAGCUGUGUCACCAAGCAGACACAAUACUACUUUGGCAACAACAGUAGAUCCUACAGCAACUUAAUUGACUGCAGCAACUGCUCCAGGUUUUACCAUGCACAGAGAUUAGCGAACACCAACCUUCUGUUCGUGGUGGCAGAGAAGUUAACCUGUAGUCAGUGUGACCGAAGCAAACUGAUUCAGGCUGAGGUGCGAUCUGAUGGACCAGAUCAAUGUGAAGAGGUGCUGAAGCCUCGGUAUCGGAAAGGGCCUGAAGACUGUUUUGAUUACAAUGCAGCAGAGAAUACCUCAGACUGCGGUGGUGGAGCCACAUUGACGUCCUCCUUCUCCAUCUUACUAGCUCUGCAAUUGUUUCUCCUGUGUUGGACUGCCAAUCUUAACCUCUUUCCCUGGGCCAGCAGUCUUUGAUUUGGGACCUUCCUGUAACUAGAUAUCAGCUGUGCGAUUUUCAUGGCUGAGGACUUCCCUUCCCCCGGAAGCCUAAUUCUUCAUUCCAGUCUCACAUCUCCGUGUUGUCGUGUGGUGGAGCUGCGAACUGUGUGUGUGUGUGGAGCUGGUCUAUUGUGGUCGUUUGGACAACCAGUAUUUUCCUGGCAAGAUAACUUGUGGGGAAAGCAAGAUUUCAUGGAUCUGCUUUGUGGAAGAUCUUUUACAUGAAUAAGAAGAUGGGAAAUGCAAGAGGAGCCCAUCAUCCCCUUGUGCAGACCCCAUUGCUUUCCCAGACUUUCUCUUUACAUUUAAUAGGAGACCUUGGCAGUUUCAAUGUUACUGGAUAGCAUUUCUUCCAUUGGUAUAUUCAGCUUCUAUCUGCUGUUGAGAUAGGUUGCAUUUAUUUGUGCACUUUUGAUCACAUAUUUUGAUUGACAGCCAGGUUACAAGGCAGUUUUCCAACAGAAGUGGCUGUAACUGUAAUUAAUGACGUCAGGAGUCAGGAUAGCAUGUUCAUCAGCACCUUAGUUGGCAGCCUCCUUCCGUUUUAUACAUUGCUUCCAUUUUUAUUCAGGGAGAUCACUGUCCUCAGUAGUAUAAUGUGUACCUCAAAAAUUCUUUUAAACUCAUUUUAAAUGUUCCUUCAUCUGAGCACAGGGGCUGCUACCAGGCAGGUGCCCCUCGAAGGUUCAGGUUCUCCAGCUGUUGUUUGCAUUCCAGUCCCGAAUUGGGCUGUAACUGGAACAGAUGUGUAGGCACAACUCACAGGCAACUUUAGAGAAAUCCAAAUUAAAUGGUCUCAAUGUUAAAAAUUGUUUUUGCACAGUUUACAUUUAUGGGGUAACUGAGGAGUAAAAUAGAGCUGGUGGGGGGGGGGACGGUGGUGGUGAUUGAAUUCCACCAGUGGUGAAGGAGCCUUUUUCUAGUCUCUCCUUUACACUGUGUGUUGCUUAUAGAUAACUGUGGUGAUUGAGAAUGUGUGUAAUAUAUGUUAGUUGAAGUUGCUUGAAAGUGUUGUCAAGUCCCCUACAAGAUGUUACUUGAGAGUAAGAGACUGUGUUACGUUAUUUGUAAGCUGACUGGGUGUUGCCUACAGACUCAUUAUUUGUGCAUCUGUUCCUUAAGGAAGAUCAACACUUUGAAAGAAUAAUGUCCAAGAAAUCAUUCAACAAAAGUCAGUAAGUGUGUAGCAUUUAUUAGACAUGUUAAGUGCUGUGAUAUUGUUAAACUAUAGGCACUCUAGGUGUCUAUAAUGAGUGAAAUCUCAACACAUGUUAGAUAUGAAACCUCCCUAUGAAUAAGAUUUACACUCUUAGGGAUUUUUAAAUCUCUACCAUCAGCAGAGGACAUUAUUCUUUAGAUAUGUUACUUAUACACAG